CACUUCCGCUGAAGCGAACAUAUCUGUGAAAUCGGCGAUUUUCACAGAAAAAAAUCUCGUAAAACCUACACAUAAUAUGGCAGCUUUGUUUGCAUGUACAAAAUGUCACACUAGGCAUCCAUUUGAAGAAUUAUCUCAAGCCGAACAGUUGUGUAAAGAGUGUAGAAGCAAUUUUCCAGUAGUAAAGUGCACCUACUGCAGAGCAGAGUUUCAGCAAGAAGACAAGAGCAAUACAAACUCUAUUUGUAAAAAGUGUGACCAGAAUGUGAAAGUCCAUGGAAAGCCAUCAGUUUGUGAAUAUUGCAAUAUUCUUGCUGCUUUCAUCGGCAAUAAGUGUCAGAGAUGUGCCAAUUCAGAAAGAAGAUGGGGCCAACCUUUGACCUGUGAACAGUGUAAACAGAAAUGUGCAUUUGACCGCACAGACGGCACACGGAAAAAGGUCGAUGGAAAACUGUUAUGUUGGUUAUGUACUCUUGCCUACAAACGAGCUUUAGCGAAGGCAAAACAACGAAAAGAUGAGGAUAGAAAAAAUCUCGGAUCUCUGAGGCCAACAAAAGAGAAACCCGACAAAGCUGAAAAGUUGUUUGACAGUGUUGUGGGUAAAAAUAACAGCAAGCAGGAAGAAAGCUCGAAAAAUGACAGUGGAGGAAGUACAAGUAGUCGCCAUAGCAACAGUAGUCAAGGAGACAGAAUGUCCAAUGGGAGCGAUAAAGGUGCAUCCGACGGACAGGAAGGUGCUGCCACAAAGGAAAAGUCAGAAAGGAGUCACAAACAUCAUCACCACCACCAUCAUCAUCAUCACAAACAUUCAAGGUCCAAAGACCAUCGACGGUCCCACUCAACCAAAUCAUCUCAUAAAUCCAGUCACUCGGACACAUCAUCUCAAACACCUCCCACCAAGAAAGCUCGCGUCGAGAUCAGUAGUGCCAAUGGAAUGACCCCCACGAAGAGAGAAGAUCUUGAAGUGUCUAACCUCACCGAGAAGAGCCGAUAUUCAUUCUUAAAAGACAGUAGCAGUUUCUCAAUGAGCCUUUCAUCGAGUCUGUCCAUGCUGAACGCCAGCAGUGCCACAGAUAAGGUGGACGAUCCCCACAGCUCCGAGCACCUCAUUGCCCUUCAGCAGUUACAGGACCAGAUGGAAACCAUGCGUAAACAACUUCAGGCCAAGGAUCAACAACUCAUGGAAAAGGACAAACUGAUAAAUGAACUCAAAGCCCAGGCUUAUGAAACAGAUAAAGAGUUUCGACUGAAGAUCCAGACCAUCCACAAACAUCACACUGGCACACUGGAGUCUCUCACGACCAAGAACACAGAAUUGGCAAAACAAAUUAAAGAAAUGAAACCUGCCAAAGGAAAGAAUAUACGUUCCUGAUUUAAGAGUUCUAGACUUGAGAGACAAUUACCUGCGGAAGCAAGAGAUCUGUACAAAGAAACAUUGCACUAUAUUUCUUAAUAUUCCCCCUGUAUUACGUAACUGUGUAAAACUGUUGUUUCCAAAGUUUUUUUUUUUUUUUUACGAGUGUUCCAUUAUCAUGCUACAGUUGUGGUUGGAAAACAAGGAUGAAGAUUUAUGACAAAAUGGGUUUUUGAUUUUUUUAUGGACUGUGAUAGCAAGAUAAACACACACACAAAUUCUUAUAUUAUCAACACCUGUUUGAUUUUGUGUGCUUAAUAUGCGCCUAUCUUCUGUCAAUAUUGAUUGUUUAGUAGGUGAUUUGCAAGCUGAUCUGGCAAAACUGCAGAAGAAGAGAAAAUAUUAGACCAAACCCUUACCAGAUCACUGAAUUUAACUGUAUUUUUUAAAUUAUUCAGACAUUUUCAACUCUAGGUAAAAAUGUCAAAGUCCUAAUCACACUUUUCAUUUCGCAGAUUGAGCCUGUUAAUGGAAGACGAAAAAAGUCUUUAACUUUAACCAGAGAUACUAGCCUCUUUUGUCAAUACAUCGAUAAUAUAUAUAUUUAUAUUGUGGGUGUUUUGACAGACAAGGCAAGUACCUGUGAUUUAACUAUUAAAUGCCAAUUAUUUUUUAUUUACAUGUUCUAAAGAAAGAAAGUGGACAUUGCAAGAUUUUUUGUUUGAAAUGUGUAUAGUAAUAUUACUUCAGUAUGAUUAUAAAAUUUCUUCAUGACAUCGUUUUCUGAAGCGAAAUGAUGUAUGAUCUCAGCUUUUUUGCACCUUGGGUAUUAUUUGAGGUUGUAUUACCUUAGAAUAUCUUGUUUUAUUAUGCUAAGUAGUGUAAGCCUUUUUAUCAUAUACCCAUGCUGCUAUGCAGUGCAGCAACACUAUGACAAUUUUUUGUUUAACAUGUAACAUGUAAUUUUCGCCCUGUCACACGCAACAUUAUGGUGAUAUCACAUCUUCACAGCAAAGGCAAAACUAUAAUUGAUAAUGAACUUUUUUUGGUCAUAAUUUUUGAGAGAAAAAAAUGUAUUCUGUUGUCAUAUGGCUUGUAUGAAUUUCACUCAAUUUCACACAAAUCAUACAGGUUUGUGAUGGAAAUGAGUUUGAGAAGCUUCAGGUCAGUGAAUGGCUGUCAACGAUACAGAACCUAAAAUGAAUAUUUUUUUCUAUUUAGAAUUUCAAUUAUUAUGCAGUUCACGUUGAAGUAAAGUCAUUGCAGUGUUCUAGUAUAUACCUUAUUUGGAAAGUUGUUUCAUGUUUAAUUCAUGUUAUAACAUCUAUAUUCACACAAAGACAAUUAAAGGUUGCCAAUCUGUCUAGGGACCUGACACAUAUUGAAAUUAUACCCAGUAAUGUUGCAGAAAAGCAUUAACAUAACAAAUAUCAUGAACUAUAGCUCAGUGGAUAAACUUCCUGCUUUAUAAUUAAGAGGUCCAGUGAUUGAAUCCCUGCAACUGAGAUGUUUUGAUAGAAAUGGAAAUGAUUAAAAACUAUAUUACAUUUUGUAUAACUCUUUUCUACAGAAAAAGGGGAAGCAACUCCGAGUAAGGUCUAAAUGAAAUGCUGAAAAAAAUGGAAACUUUUUUGUCGGAGAUACAACACGGAUUGUUUGGACUCUUUACUUUAUGACAUUCUGAAAUAAUUUGCUUAACUAUUGGUGAAAGCUUUGGCCGUCAGUUUCACAGUCACAUCCACACUGUUGGACUUCACAAUUGCACUUAAAGAUGCUAAGUUGGGGCAAGUGCAAAUUUUCAUUAUUUUAAGGGGCCACGGUGGCCAAGGGGUUAAGGCAUCUGACGGUCUUUAUCAUUAGCCAUCCACCACUGAGUCGUACGUUAGAAGCAUACGUGGGGUAGUCGCCAGGUACUGGCCGUAGGUCGGUGUUUUUACUGCAUGAACUCCUGCUUUCUUCCGCCACCAAAACCUGGCAAGUCUUAAAUGACCACAGCUGUUAAAAAGGAUGUAAAACACAAAACAAACUAACAAACCAAACUAUAAGUCAGGCUAGUAAAAAAAAAUCAAAAUCAACCUGCGGCCUGUACUCAAAGGUACCGCUGUUUUUUCUUCUUCUUGUUUUUCCCACAUAAAUAUCCUAUUCAUUCAGGUUGGUGAUUAUUGUCUCAUUAUUUCUACUAAAAACUCACAAUGUCAUGUCAUAUAUGAUCUUGGUUUUUUGGAUCACUGCCAUGUAUAACUUCUGCUAUUUUGUAAAAUUAAUGGGAGAUGUAAAUUGAUAUUAAAAAACUACACACAAUCAAUAUUGGCGGCAAAGUCAGCCUGUUAUGAUAUUUUGUACAUUUUAAUUGUCAUCCCAUCAUCAUAUUUAUAUUUCCAGUUACUGGUAUUCAAAUUAGUUUUUAACUACCUCCAAUAAACUUGUGUUUUAACAUUAGAUGAUUUCAAAGAUGAUGUUUAAAAUCUCAUCUUAAAUUAUUAUUGUUUUUAAUUCAUUUUCAUUUAAAUAUUGUUUAACAUGUAAAAUAACUUUACAGACUGACUUUUAUGAGUGCAACAUAUUUUAAUUCUUAAUUCUGUCUGUCAUUUUGAUGUUCGUGUCUCUAUGAAUAUCCUCAAAAUUCCAUGGGUUAGACUAGUAUUUUCUCUGCACCCCUGGAACAAGUCAUGGCAAAAUCGAAGGCAUGCUGUUAGAUAUUCGAUUGGUUUCAGGUAAAAAAACAAAGGCCGAUACCUGUCAUUUGAAGAUAACAAAGGACAGACACCCAACUUAAAGCAGGUCAAUUUUAAUGUUAAGCUGUUACAUGAUUCUUUACGUGUACAUCAAAGGAUCGAACUAGUCUUGUAUCGGUCACAAGGUGGCCACACUGAACCUUUGAUUUUGUGAUGACAUAUUACAGGGUGCAGAGAACGUGAGAGAGUGUAACCCCUGGGGUAUUGAGGCUGCUUGACGAGCAGCUAGAAUGUGAUGUAUAUAUUUGAAGAUAGGGAAAUUGUUUAAAAUGUAUCACAAAACAGCAACUGAAAGAAAAACUUACAUAAGUCGAACUUAAAACAAUGUACAUAUAAAAAAUAUCUAAGUUAUUGUGAGUACUUUGAUUGUACAAUGAUUACCACUAGCUCUUGUUGUUACCUCCACCCACGAUAUCAAAACUUUGAGACAAAUCGUAAGGGAAAUGUUUUAUACAGAGUUUUAACAUAUUCAUGUAAAUAAGAGUUUGAUACUUAGAAAACUGUAAAACUUCACUCUGGUUUUAUUGCAUAUCAUCAAAAACAACUGUAUUUAUUACUGAACUGUUUAAUUAUUACACUUCCAGUUCCACUUUUUCAUGUUAUAUCAAACACUUGUUCUUAGAAUUGGAGCUUAAAUACUUUGUAGUAUUGGAAACGAUAUAUCAAUUACAUUGAUGGACCAUAUCAAGAUUUUUACGAGCCUCCCUAUUUUAUUCAAUUAAAAUCGAUUCAGCUCCAUGAAAGAAAUGGAACUUGUAUGGAUAUGAAUUUGUUAGAUAUUUGUAUGUCCGCAAUAGAUGAUUUUAUUAUUAAAUGCUGUUUUGAUUGUAUACAUGUAUAGGUUGUUUGAUUAAACAUUGAACUGGGUCGAUUUUGACAUUUACAGUCUAUAUUACUGACACAGCUUUGCAGUCAAACAUCAUGCAGUGGCUGAGUGAUUAAGGUGUCUGACAUCUAUGAUCACUAGCUCUCUACUACUGGGUCACCGGUUCAAGGCCUACAUAGGGCAGUUGCCAGGUACUGGUCGCGUUGUGGUUAUUCUCCAGCUACUCUGGUUUUCCUCCACCACCAAAACUGGGCAUGUCCUUAAAUGACCAUAGUUGUUAACCGGAUGUAAAACACAAACAAACCAAACCCUGCAAAGCUGUGUCAUUUAAAGGGCUGCAACGAUACGCAUUCCUCAUGGUACGUUAUGUAUCGCUGUAUAAUGCUUAUGAUACAAUACGUAUCAUGAUACAAAAAUCUGCUUAAAAGGUCAACUUCAUAAUGAUUGAGUGCAGGAUUUUAUCGAGUUUUGUUAUAGAUUUUCAAUAAUUUUUGUAUGAUUUUCAGUAAUUUUGAGAGAUACAGCCAAACAAAACAAUUUGAUACUAUACACGAGAAAUUAAAGUAUAACAAUAUAAUACGAUAUAUCGUUACAGCCCUAGUCAUUCAUGUAGAUUGUAAAUGCUUAAUUUGAACAGUUCAAUGCUUAUAUUUACCAUUUUUGGAGUAUUUUAAUAUCAUAGAAAAUGAAAAUCUGCUUUAGGUCAAAUUCAAUAUUUAGUUCAAAUUAGUGUAUAUAUUAUGUACGCUUGUUCAAUGAAUAAAAAGCCAUUUUCCAUGGAGUUGAUUUUAACACAGUUAUGAUAUCAAAAUGAUGAUGUUAUUGUGUGAGCCAUGACAUUUACAGUCUAAUGAAUGCCAUCCAAACUUAGUAGGGGUUAUAUAGUGACAGGAAGUGCCGUAGAGCGGCAAGUAUUUAUGAAUCAGCUGUUUUGCAGAUGUUUCAGUAAUUAUCCGAAUGAUGUUGGUAAUAAAUAGCCUCUAUAUAUUUAGCAUUUUCUUACUUGUGUUAUUUUUUAGUCUACAUAUCUCUUGUCAGGCUAAAGUAUCAUCUGUGCCGUACUUGUGAUGGGCAUUCCAUUCACUACAUAGUUAGACAAUCUAUUACAAUGUACUGACACCGUUAUCACCUUGUUUCAUACGUUGGUGUGGGAGGAUUAAUAUUUUCCUCGGGACAAGAUUUCUUAUUUUUAACUUUUUGUCAUUCUGGCAGCAAAUCUCAAAUCAAGGUAAGAGACACAUAAAGAUUUCCCUGUCAGAAAUGAACUUCAUGACAAACACAACAAAAAAGAAAUGUGUUUUUACUGCCAUUUUGAUCAAUUUAUAUCAUGCUGAAACCUCAUUUGUACAAGUUUGUACAAAUAUUAUUGAAAAGUCUCUAAAAGUAUUGCAAAAAUAUUAUAUUUUAGCAAGAAUGCUGAAACAUGCCACUUUUUGCUUUAGACAUUUUUUGAUAUUUUGAAGAUAUGUUAAUCUAAUUGUAUGGUUUUUAACCAAAACAAAUAUAUGUUUAUUUGUGGGCCUUUUAUAUUUUUUAAGUAUUUUCCCAAUAUCCAAUAAAACUUAAUUUUGCAAACAGCACCAGAUAUUUAAGGCCAAAAGUUGGCAAAAUUUAUAUACUUGUACUUGUCUAAAUUUAAGGAGGAUCUUUAUAGAUUCUGUAUCGAUAAAUAUACUUAACUUAAUUAGCUUACGUAUAAACGUAUAUUUAUAUAUUUAUUUAAUCACAUUCAUCUGUUUGGUUCAAGUUUUCUAUUUAUGUAGAGGAUUCUGUGUAAGUUCUGUUAUUGUCCUAUAAUUUUGUGUAAUAAUUGUAUAAAAAUAUUUUGUAUGUUCAGAGGUCUACAAUAUGAGCCUUUGAUCACAGGGAACUGUCAUGUAGCUGUUAAUCUGGGCCUGUAUUCAUUAAAAGAUUUGUAUGCCUUAACUUAGAAUCUGUGUUCAAGCACAUUUUCUUGUUCUGGCAAUCUGUUGAUAAAAGAAUCACAUUUUGUCAAUGAUUUGAAGGACAGUUUGAGACACUUGAAGCGGAAUACUGUUUUCAUUGUUUACACUUGAUGCAUCGCAUGAUUUUUGGCAAGUUGCGAGAAAGUAAGCUUGAGAACAGUUCCAAAAAUAUGUAUCCUUUGAUAAGAAUUUAUGUCUUUGAAUAAAAAUAACUGAUGUUUAUUUCAAAUGUGUAUCGGCUACUUUCAUAGAAAAUAAGAAAAUUUAAAAGUUUUUCAAGAAGAAUUGAAUACACCUUUCAACAAGAAUUAGUAUUCACGACAUGAUAUUUUCAUUAUCAACCACAAAAUCUGCUAGAUUCAUGACUAAGUCUUCCAAGUCAUUCUUGAAAUUCCAGGAAUCUUACAUUCUCUUCAUCCCUAUCUCUGAAAUUUGUCAUGACAAAAUCAAAGGCUCGGUAUGCGCCACCUUGUGGAUGAUACAAGUAGACUUUGAUCCUUUGAUGUGCAUCAAAGCAAUCGCAUGGCAGCUUAACGAGAAAAUUGACCAGCUUUGAGGUAAACAGGUGUCGCUCCUCUGUAGUCUUAAAAAGACAGGUAUCAGCUGUAGAUUGGUCAGGAUUAUUCACCAGAGACCAAUCAAACUGUGUGCCUUCGAUUUUGUCAUGACUAAUUCUACAGAUGCAGAGAAUGUAGGUAAGUAUAACCCCUGGUAAUUCGAGGACACUUCCCAAUAGACUAGCCAUCCUUUGAAAUGUUUUGAGCUGGAAAUUACUUGCAGUGAAUGGCCCAAUGGUUUAUUGUCUGUUCGACCUAACGACAAAUUGUUUCAAAAGGUCUCUUUAGUAUAUAUGUUAAAACAUGUAUUGAAGAGCCUAAAAUUAUAUCUACCGAGAUUCAUAUUAUUAUCUUAAGGAUCCCCGUACCACUGCAAAAAGUUUUACUACGCAUUGGACACUAUUUUUCCUGGCAUGACUAUUGCUCUGGUUUAUCAUUUCUGUAACCAUAACGCUUUUAUGAAAAAAUGAUAAAAAUGAAAUAAACCAGGUUUCGAACCCAGGACUUCAGUUUGUUAUACUAUCGCUCUUACCAAUCAAACUACCUGGUCACUGAAAGUGUCAUGGCCCAAAUGUGCUACAACUUCACCCUAAACGAAAUUAAAGGGAGCUUAUUGUAUAUAUGAAAAGCCACACUGCAGUGCGACAGGGAUUCAUAAGUAAAAAAUUCAUAACAAUUUUUAAAAAUAUUCUGAUAUUUCCCAACAUUUGAUUGGUUUUUAAAAAUGUUCACAUCUCAUUAUUCUUUUAAAGCUUCGACCAAUCAGGUCUGGAUUUUUCACAUAUUUUUUACACUUUGAUUGUUUCAAUCCAUGUCAUUAUUAAAUAUUGUUUUAAUAGAUGAAGAGAAGUGUUAUCUCCACUGAAAUAGAACCAAAAUUCAAAUGAAAUCAAACUGUUGAGAAGUUUUAAUGUUGAAGAUAUUGUUUAUGUAAGUUUAAGUCGCACAUGAAUACAGGUGUCGGAUAUGUUGUGUAUUGUACAUUGAUGGAUGCUUGACCCUUGAUAAGUGGUUUGAAGAAAAUGAUUGUAUAGACUUUAUAUUAAAUUAUAGCCUUAGGUAAAAUACAAAAUAUUCAUAUAUAUGAGAUCUGAUCGGGGCUAUUCAAGUAAAACUGCUAUCCCACCCAAGGAUUCCAGGUUAUUUAUUAAAUUCAAUUAAUAAGUUGCUUAGAAGUAAUGGGCAGUUUGGGGUCAAGGAGAUUUUUUUUUACCUGAAUUGUCCUGAUUUAGAAUACCAGGUAUGUCCAACUUGCACAAAUUUUGUUCACUUUUAUGUUACAAGACAACCUAAUUUAAUAUUAUUUAUCAAAGUGCUAUACUAUUUAUUGCUAGAGCUUGUAAAUAUGGUUUUUACAGAAAUUAUAUGUAUAUUUUUUUUAAUGGAAAUGUUUUUAAAAUUUUAAGAUAGUGUAGGAAAAAGUCAAUAAAGCAAUUAAUUCUGUCCUCAUUUCACAGUGCAAUUCGGCUUCAUUAUUAAGUCCCCAAACAAACUUGUGCAAGACACCUUUUUUUUGCCACUGCACAACCAAGAUGGCUGCCGCAGCCCCUGAUUCGUCCAUUUAAAUUUGGUGUGUAGGUGUAUUGUGCCAAUUCGAACAGUAUAGUGACUUCUGAUAUCAUUAACGACAGCAGGGGGUAGUUUUGGGGACUUUUGUAACGGUGCUGUUACAAUUGGUACAAUCUAGGAGACAGAACUCUGGUAGAUAUCUGGAAAAUGACACCCUUUAAGUGAAAUUCUCCAAUAUACUACAGAUACAAAUAGAUACCAGGCAAUAGUAAGUUAAAUGGUUUUUGCUAAAAUGAAUUUCAGUAUGUGUUCAUGUGUUCACUUUAUGGUAUGUUUUACCACAAGUUAAUUUCAUUUUCAUCCAAAAAAUAUGUUGUACUGAAUAUUUAUCUUGUAAAGACUGGUAAAUAAAUUUUGUACAAAAAUUGUGUAUACAUUUGUUAGUGUAGCGGAAUUAAAAAAAGCAUAAUAUUGAA